AUGGCCGGAGGUGCUGCCAAAUUCCGCCAUCUGAGCCGCAAGUCCUCUCACAGACAGGCCCUCCUCCGCAACCUCGUCACCUCUCUCUUCCAGCAUGAAUCCAUCACAACCACAUGGGCCAAGGCCAAGGAGGCGCAACGACUGGCCGAGAAGCUGAUCACCCUGGGCAAGAAGAACACCGAAGCGAGCCGGAAGCGCGCAUUGUCGACGUUUUAUACCCCCCACGAACUCCUCCCCAAGCUCUUCGGUCCUCUUCGUGAACGCUACGCCGAACGUCCCGGUGGCUACACGCGAGUUCUGCGCGUCGAACCCAAGAAGGAUGAUCAAGCCGCCAGUGCAAUCCUGGAGUUGGUAGAUGGACCUAAAGAUAUGCGGUUUGCUUUGACGGCGCGGACAGUUGCUAGACAGCGGUCUCAGGGUUUGGAGACCCUCAAUGAACUCACCACAAUGAAUGUGAAUAAGGUCACGCGGUUCCGGAAGGGGGGAAUCUCGGAUCUCGAGAGGGAGAUCAAGCGCUUAGAGAUCACGGGUCAUGGGAAGGAGGAGGCGGGGAAGGCCAAGCCUGCGAAGCAAUAG